AUGUCGACCGUACAGACCUUCACAAACGACCUCCGCAGCGACGCCAAGGAGUUCAACCGCGAUAAGAACAGUAGGGUCAAGUGGGCGCAUGGCCAGUCGUUCGGCCCUGGGCGACGAGAGGAAGAUGGUCGACCUCGCCCUGCUAAGAUUGUCCCACAUAUUAGGUCAACCUUCCCCGGCCCCAUGAAGGCUCGAACUGCAGUCAACAAGGACAUGGCCUCCGCCAGCGGCGAUUCGUCGGCCGAUGAGGAUGUCGAGCACCCGUCUACUGCCCCAGACGCCGAGAUCGCGUAUUCGUACGACGCUACAAGAGGACCAAGCCAUGGCAGCCAGAUCUUGAACCACGCCCUUGAGAAGGCCAUCGAGCGCUUCGAGACCAAGGAGACCGAUAAGUUAAUCAAGAACGAGUACGAGGUGCUGGACAUUGAUGCGGAGGAAUCCCCGUCAUCACGCCCCAACCGGCACACUGUCGCCCCAGAGGAUGAGGAGUACGAGUUCGUCGACGCAUGA